AUGGCGCCACCACCGCCCCCCGACCAGGGCAACUUCAACUCAACUCGGCCACCGGAAGUGGCGCGUGACGUCACAACCGCGCGCCGCGCGCCGGGCCGGAAGCGGAACGGGGGAGGGCUCAUCAUCAGGAUGUUAAGCUGCCUCUUCCUCCUGAAAGCACUUCUGGCUCUUGGGUCCCUGGCAUUCUGGGUAGCUGCAGGACAGCAUGUGAAAGAGGGACAAUGCCCCCCUGAUAAGAAGCCCUGCAGAGAGCUGUGCCAUGACGAUGAAUCGUGUCCUGCUGGGCAGAAGUGCUGCAACACCAGCUGUGGACGGGCCUGCCAAGGAGACCUUCCCAAGGGGAGGAAAGGGAAUUGUCCCAAGGUUGUUCAGAAGCCAUCCUGUUUGCAAACGUGUACUUCGGAUGAGACAUGUCCAGGUGUAGAGAAAUGCUGCACGUCUGGCUGCAACAAGAGCUGUGCAGUCCCAGUCUCCAAACAGAAGCCAGAGUUUGGUGGUGAGUGUCCUGCUGACCCUCUUCCGUGUGAGGAGCUGUGUGACAAGGACACAUCUUGUCCCCAGGGUCAGAAAUGCUGCAGCACGGGCUGUGGCCACGCCUGCCGGGGAGACAUUAAGGGAGGCCGGGGCGGUAGCUGCCCCACUGUGCUGGUGGGCCUGUGUAUCGUGGGCUGCGUGACGGAUGAGACCUGUCAAGCAGGGGAGAAGUGCUGCAAGUCAGGCUGCGGCCGCUUCUGUGUCCCACUGCUCCUGCCACCCAAGCCGACCGCGGGCCCCAACGGGACCUUCACGUCUGGUUCUGAAUCAGAUGCAGGAAGCUCGUCCUGGCAGCCAGCAGAGGGCGCUGUCGUGGGGCCAGUGACAGCGCCACGCAGCCGCCAGGGCUGCUCUUCCUAUGGCUGCCUGGAGCCCAGGGCAGCUCUGGCGUGA